AUGUCCAUCACUUACAACCUCCCUCAGUUCCCCAACCACUUCAUGGCUCCCAUGCCAUCCUAUUUGGACUCUCCGCCACAACAGUAUAUUCCUCCUGCUUCGGCCUCGAGUGCCUUCAUGGAUAGCUUUUACCGCCCCGAGUUCAGGCACCCGACUCCGCACUCUCCGACUCCUUUGUCGCCGUCUUCAGCAGGCAACGGGCAUCGGGUGAGCAAAGCCAAGAAGGGAAAGCGAGUUCAUGCCUGCGAAUACCCGGGAUGCAAUAAGAUCUUUACACGCGCAGAGCACCAACGACGACACGAGACGAGUCACAAGAACAAGAAAUCUUAUAGCUGCACAUAUGUGGGGUGCCACAAAUCAUUCCACCGCGCCGAUUAUUUGGCCCAGCAUCUCAGACGACACAGCAGCGGCGGGCAUCAUUCGCCGAAGAUAAAGACCCCUUCGGUGAUCAAAACGGAACCUGCGUCAUAUUCUCCAUCGACCCCUCCGAUGUCACAGUCCUAUUCAACAAAGUCCGGAAUUGCACCUGCCUCACAAUCCGUUGAGAAUAAUAGUGCCGGGGCAUCAAGAACCCUUGAGCCUCAAGUGCCUUGCUCUCAGUGCUUCAACUGCCAAAACAGCCAACUUUGUGAAGACCAAAGCGCGUACAUCAACAGCUAUAUAAACGGGAUGGAUCAUAGCCCCGAGUCCUCUGUCUCGAGUGCCUCUGGGCUUCUUGCAACGCAUUCUUCCCAUCCAUCGUUCGUCCAGCCAGGGAUUGAUUCGGUCAUCGAACAGUACAUGAGAAGCAUUUUGAGACCGGAAGCGUUCAUUACUCCCCCACAAUCUCUGUCUCCACCGCUACAAGCGCAGGAGCCGAUGGACUCCUCUUUCUGGGACUCCAAUAUUGAUCCUAACCUGCCUUCCCUGAACCCCGGGGUCUUCAAUAAUCCAGCUCCGUAUUCUGAAUGGUCCACUGCCAAUGAUAACCUGUCGCCCAGUGUGCAGACACAUCGGACGGGAAGCUCGCCAGACCACAAAGCGAGUUCUUGA